GUGAUAGUGCACCUGUAAGCUGUUUUGUCCCUCGGCAUUGAAACGUAAAGAAGAAGAGUAGUUUCCAUAGAGACCGUCUGCUGUGGCGGAGAACGUAGUUUACCUACAACUGCAGCGACAGACAGUGGUGGAGUCGGUGUAGCUCUGUUCGCGGGUCACAAUGUCCUUCAGAGACUCCAGAAAUUUCACUGAGAUGAUGAGGGCCUUAGGUUAUCCCAGGCUCAUCUCCAUGGAAAACUUCACAACACCAAACUUCACUUUAGUGGCAGAAAUAUUGACAUGGCUGGUAAAAAGAUAUGAGCCUCACAUGGAUAUUCCCACAGAUGUGGACACUGAGUCAGACAGGAUAUUCUUCAUCAAGGCUGUGGCCCAGUUCAUGGCAACGAAGGCUCACAUUAAACUGAAUACUAAGCGUCUCUACCAGGCUGACGGGCAUGCAGUGAAGGAAAUGCUGAAGAUCACCUCAAUGCUGUAUGGCGCGAUGAAGACCAAGCAAAUGGCUCUGGGAGACCGAGUUGAGGAGGAUAACAGCAAGUUCAAGUUUGAUCUUGGCUCACGGAUUUCAGACCUUAAAUCAGCUCGACAGUUGGCGUCUGAGUCCACAUCUAAAGGAGCGUCUCUGUAUGAUUUACUGGGGAAAGAGGUGGACUUAAGGGAAAUGAGAACUGCAGCAAUUGCCAGACCUCUGGAGAUCAAUGAGACUGAAAAGGCCCUGAGAGCUGCCAUCAAGGAGGUUUUGGAAAGUGUGGAGAAGACCAAAGAGUUGCUGACUAACGUUGUGUCCGAUGAAAGCAGUCUGGACGCCAAGAUAGAAAAGAAGCAACAGGAGCUGGAGAGGAAUCGUAAGAGGCUUCAGACACUGCAGAGUGUCAGGCCGGCUUUCAUGGAUGAAUAUGAGAAGAUUGAGGAAGAUCUGCAAAAGCAAUACGAGACCUAUGUGGAGAAGUUCAGGAACCUCUGCUUCCUGGAGUCCCAGCUGGAUGAAUACCACAGACUAGAGCAGGAGCGGUUUGAGGAGGCUGAAAACACUCUGAGAAUAAUGCAGCACAAACUGCGGGAGGAGGAGAGAGAUAUGAUGAGGAGCUCCUUGAAAGAUGAGGAUUCUGACAUGGAUUUCCCCGAGGACGAUGGCUCAGACAGCGACAUAGAAGAAAGUCGACCCUCUAAGCCUCAGCCCACACGAAAUGGCAUCAUGGCAGGAAUCGGAACUCGUUUCGUCGGGACCAUGCAGGGCGGUGACAGUGAUGAGACAGAGGACAGCGAGAUUGGUGUGGACGAGGAUGAUGAAGAAGGUGAGGAGGAGGAGGAGGAAAGCAAAGAUUUGGAUGACGACAGUCUCGAGGGAUCGUUGCCCAAGGGCGCUCCCAACUCCAGGGGAGGCAUGAGACCCCCUCUAUUAGAGGAGAGUGACAAUGACUUCUGAAUUGAAAGAACAUGCUUGGCACGGACGAGAGGAAAUGUUCUGCCAAUUGUUGUGACCAAUAUCAUUUUAAUUCAUUAUAUUAUUGCAAUAACUGAAAAGCAGUGUUGCAAUGUAACAGAGUACAAAUACUUUGUUACUGUACUUAAGUACACAAUUCAUGUGUCUGUACUUUACUUUAUUUAUUUUUCUAGCAACUUUUACAUUAACUACAUUUCCUCUAAAUGUCUUUCGUUUUGUUUCUACCAAAUAAAAUUCGAAGAAGAGUUAAAAA